AAGGAGCUGUCCUCCCACGCGCUUCCUCCCACCCUCGGGCCACUGAGACCGAGGGACAGACGGCCGCCCUCGCGCGGCUGAGGCCACGCCUCCCGCUCGUCGGCCCGCGCCUCCAGCGGAAGCCGGAAGCAAAAGCGAGUUCUUCUAGCCCCGCGGCUCCGAACUCGGUGGUCUUGGAAGCUCCGCAGGACGGGGGAGAAGAUGGCGGAAGAGGAUAGGUUCCCCAAUACAACUCAUGAGGGUUUCAAUGUCACCCUCCACACCACCCUGGUUGUCACGACGAAAUUGGUGCUCCCGACCCCUGGCAAGCCCAUCCUCCCUGUGCAGACAGGGGAGCAGGCCCAGCAAGAGGAGCAGUCCAGCGGCAUGACCAUUUUCUUCAGCCUCCUUGUCCUAGCUAUCUGCAUCAUAUUGGUGCAUUUACUGAUCCGAUACAGAUUACAUUUCUUGCCAGAGAGUGUUGCUGUUGUUUCUUUAGGUAUUCUCAUGGGAGCAGUUAUAAAAAUCAUAGAGUUUAAAAAACUGGCGAACUGGAAGGAAGAAGAAAUGUUUCGUCCAAACAUGUUUUUCCUCCUCCUGCUUCCCCCUAUUAUCUUUGAGUCUGGAUAUUCAUUACACAAGGGUAACUUUUUUCAAAAUAUUGGUUCCAUCACCCUGUUUGCUGUGUUUGGGACGGCAAUCUCUGCUUUUGUAGUAGGUGGAGGAAUUUAUUUUCUGGGUCAGGCUGAUGUAAUCUCUAAACUCAACAUGACAGACAGUUUUGCGUUUGGCUCCCUAAUAUCAGCUGUUGAUCCAGUGGCCACUAUUGCUAUUUUCAAUGCACUUCAUGUGGACCCGGUGCUCAACAUGCUGGUCUUUGGAGAAAGUAUUCUCAACGAUGCAGUCUCCAUUGUCCUGACCAACACAGCUGAAGGUUUAACAAGGAAAAAUAUGUCAGAUGUCAGUGGGUGGCAAACAUUUUUACAAGCCCUUGACUACUUCCUCAAAAUGUUCUUUGGCUCUGCAGCACUCGGCACUCUGACUGGCUUAAUUUCUGCAUUAGUGCUGAAGCAUAUUGACUUGAGGAAAACGCCUUCCUUGGAAUUUGGCAUGAUGAUCAUUUUUGCUUAUCUGCCUUAUGGGCUUGCAGAAGGAAUCUCACUCUCAGGCAUCAUGGCCAUCCUGUUCUCGGGCAUCGUGAUGUCGCACUACACGCACCAUAACCUCUCCCCAGUCACCCAGAUCCUCAUGCAGCAGACCCUCCGCACUGUGGCCUUCUUGUGUGAAACAUGUGUGUUUGCAUUUCUUGGCCUGUCCAUUUUUAGUUUUCCUCACAAGUUUGAAAUUUCCUUUGUCAUCUGGUGCAUAGUUCUUGUACUAUUUGGCAGAGCGGUAAACAUUUUCCCUCUUUCCUACCUCCUGAAUUUCUUCCGGGAUCAUAAAAUCACACCGAAGAUGAUGUUCAUCAUGUGGUUUAGUGGCCUGCGGGGGGCCAUCCCCUAUGCCCUGAGCCUGCACCUGGAUCUGGAGCCCAUGGAGAAGCGGCAGCUCAUCGGCACCACCACCAUCGUCAUCGUGCUCUUCACCAUCCUGCUGCUGGGCGGCAGCACCAUGCCCCUCAUCCGCCUCAUGGACAUUGAGGACGCCAAAGCUCGCCGCAGGAACAAGAAGGAUGUCAACCUCAGCAAGACGGAGAAGAUGGGCAACACUGUGGAGUCGGAGCACCUGUCGGAGCUCACAGAGGAGGAGUACGAGGCCCACUACAUCAGGCGGCAGGACCUCAAAGGCUUCAUGUGGCUGGACGCCAAGUACCUGAACCCCUUCUUCACUCGGAGGCUGACACAGGAGGAUCUGCACCACGGGCGCAUCCAGAUGAAAACUCUAACCAACAAGUGGUACGAGGAGGUGCGCCAGGGCCCCUCCGGCUCUGAGGACGAUGAGCAGGAGCUACUUUGAUGCCAGGUGCCAAGGCUUCAGGCAGGCAGGCCCAGGAUGGGAGUUUGCUGCCUACAGACACUCAGCAGGGCCCUUGAAGAGGUGUGUGCAUCCAGCAGCCCCUUCAGGACAUAAGAGGGCGGAGUGAGGCACCGGCUGCAGAGUCACCUUAACCCGGAACUUGCCAGGCAUCUGGAGCCAGGUGACUUGUUGAGAAACUGUCAUCUCCCCACUCCUCCCUGAGCCAGCCUCCGCUCUCACUGUAGCUCCUCAGCCCACAGAGGGGAGGGAGCACUGGGCCAGGCCCCAGUCAUCGGUGAAGCUGGGGUGCCCGCCCGCCCAUGCACCCAGAGGACCCCUGUGGUCCCAUGCCGGGAGGAGUACCAUCUACAGUUGCACCAGUCUCCAGCCACUGCCUUCAUCCCACCCCCACCAGACUGGCAGAGCCAGGGGCCAGCCGCCUGCCUUUGAGUCAUCAAGAUGCCUCCACAGCAGCAAUUCUGACCUAAGUGGCAGGGCCCAGAAAUCUUGAAGACCUCCCACUCCCCUUUGCAAUACUUCCUGGGCUCCCUCAGAAAUGGAGUGACCUUUUUUCCUGUACCUGAUUGGCACCUCAUAGCCUGUCUACCUGGGUGGCAGGCGGCUGCUGCCCUUCUCUGGGCACGUUCUGAAUGUUCACACUAGUACCUUCUGGUAUCUUCUUUAGAGCCCCCUGCAAGCUGCAACCCUGGGUUUUUAUCUUUUGGGGUCAGAGCGCCCUCUAGAGGGAAAAGCUAGAGGCACAGGGUUUCUGCUGACCCGCAAUUGCUGUCUUGAUUAGGUUUAAAUUCAUGCGUUUUUACAGCAAAGUGCUGGGAACCUCAUAGUCGCCUCCUGCCACCUGAUCUCCCUCCCUGCCAUUCUCGUACUCGGUUGUUCUUUUGUCUAAUUGGAGACCGCUGUGCUGAGGCCCUGUGGUGUCUGCUCACUGCUGCCACUUUUGCUGCUAAUCACGGUUCCAUCUUCUUUCCCCUCUCCCAGUUCCCUACCACGUUGGAUCCCAUUUGUCACCCAUGCUGGGGUCCCCAAAGCACUGGGGCAGGGGCCAGAGCAGCAGCACCCAGUGCUCCCCCCUCCCACCCUGACCUGGAGCCCCAGCAGCCUGGAGUUGGAUGAGGAUGCUCCAUGCACACACACACACACCUCCUGCCCUGUCCCUGGGUCCUGUCCCCCUUGGCUGUCUCAGGGUAAGGAGCUGCCAGUCAUGUCCAGAUGGAACCGAGUCACUGACUUGCAUCCUCUCCUCACCUCCACUUUGACAAGCCUCAAACUGCUCAGCUCAUCGAAGGGCCGUUGCCAACUUCUGUAUGUGGUUCUGGGUCAUAGGGAGCCUUGGAACCUGGCACCCUGGCGUGGUUGAAUUCAUCAUGUGCAUGCCUGCUUCUUUGGGGACACAGUGGGCCCGCAUAGACCCUACCUGGAGCAAGCACGUCUCCAUCUCUUCGGUGUCAGGCAGCAUGGCCUCUGGAUGUCAGGAGGAACUGACCUCAGGACCUGCCAGGACUUGUGCCAGGAAUGAGAGGCCAGGCCUGAUCCUGCCACUUCGCCUCACUCCCAGAGUCAGAGCAGGCCAGCCAGGCAGGAAGCACGCUGUUUACUUUUUGCAUGAAAAGUAAAUUUGUACCUGAUAGACCUAAAGUAUGAUCUUUUUUAGUCCCUCACUUUAACCCCGUAAUUUGAGCCGUUGCCUUGCUUAAUUUAGGUCUCCACCAUUUCCUUUCAGUGGAGAAGAGAGGAGGUCAGAGGGUGGGGACCUUUGCCUGUCCCUGGGGGAGUGGGAUUAGGGAUCUGAGACCAGAUUGUUCUCUCACCCCUGCCAGAAUUCACUCUCCCCUGAAGUUCAGGGUCCGAUCUCCCAGAUGUAAGUUGCUUUGCAAACUCAGUUGUUUGCCAGGAUUUCUUUAUUUCCGAAUCUAAAAUUCACAGGUAAAGCAACGAAAAGGUCAGAUCCCAUUUCCAUCUGCCCCCACAUCACCAGUCCGAUGCCCCAGCCAUGUCACACCUGGCCUCACACUUUUAGCUGAGACCUGAAAAUGAUGCUGUAGAGGAAGAGCAUGUGGGGGCUUGGUGGAGGGGCCCCAGGGUUUGCAGAGGGGAGAGGGGCUUAUGGGACUUUUCCCAGGAGAUACCAGCACAACGUCAUCUCCUGUGAGCCUCCUCUGCCCCCUGCUGGCCAAGUGAGGUCAGCAGCCUGGGAGAGUGCCCUCAAGAGAUCAGGGCACCCCAUGUUCCUCAGCAAUCUUGGCUCACCUUUGUAACAAAAGGCCAUGGAAGUCUUUUUCUGGUCGAUUUUUUCAAAUGUCUUUGCCUGAGAAUAACAAAUUGCUGCUGUCUACCUUUAGCACACCCAAUAAUUCUAUUUGGGGCAGUGAAUGCGUAGAAGAUACAAAAAUACGCAGCUUAACUAUA